CUAAAUAUCGCGAAUUGUUAGUAGACUGUAUCAUGAAAUGAUGUUGUAUAAGUAUAGCUUCCGACCUGAACCAAGCUAACUAUCAUAUUCCAGAUAACGCCCGCUAGAUAGCGUGCGAAUGGUAACAGCAACCUGUUGGCUCUGAGGAUUAGCUAAUUAACGUUAGCAAAAUAGCUAGCUAACUUGAAGUCAAGCUAGAGAUGUGGCAAACAUUGGCUUAUUAACGUUACCGGGAACAACCACGACGCCAGCUUUUUAUAUACUAACUAGCUCAGGGACGCCGCGAGCUCCUACGUAAAUGGGGCUCUUUGACAAGCUUGCGGGAUGGCUGGGCCUCAAGAAGAAGGAGGUGAACGUGCUGUGCCUGGGUCUGGACAACAGCGGCAAGACCACCAUCAUCAACCAGCUCAAGCCGUCCAACGCUCAGGCACAAGACAUAGUCCCCACCAUUGGCUUCAGCAUAGAGAAGUUUAAAACGUCAAGAGACAGUCUGUCCUUCACAGUGUUCGACAUGUCAGGCCAGGGCAGAUACAGGAACCUCUGGGAACAUUACUACAAGGAGGGCCAGGCCAUCAUAUUUGUCAUUGACAGCUCAGAUAAGCUGAGGAUGGUUGUGGCCAAGGAGGAACUGGACACUCUAUUCAGCCACCCAGAUAUCAAGCACCGGCGCAUCCCUAUCCUGUUCUUUGCUAAUAAGAUGGACCUGAAGGAGGCGCUGUCGUCAGUGAAGGUGUCUCAGCUGCUCUGUCUGGAGAACAUUAAGGACAAGCCCUGGCACAUCUGUGCCAGCAACGCCAUCAAGGGAGAGGGCCUGCAGGAGGGGGUGGACUGGCUGCAAGAUCAGAUCAGAACGAUGAGAACGUGAGACAGUAGAGGCAGGGACCUCACCGUCACCGUGGCGACCACAGCUCCAUCACCACAUCGCUAGGUGACCUCCUGCUCCAGAAAUCUGUCAUCAUGUGACCUCUGACCUCUGGGGUUGGGGAGCAGGAGCCUCCUGCAGCGACCGCAGCAGCUACCAGAACUACAGCCCCCCCGCACACACACACACACACACACACACACACACACA